AUGGGGGACAAUCUUCCUCCUUUUCGAUCCACCAUUGAGGCGAGCGGUUUUCUUCUCACGCCCAUCCGCGUCGGCGCCCCGCGCCCCCCCGCCUUGCCCGUCAAAUGCAUCUACCCGGGAAACUAUCUCUGGGACGCGUUCCUCGUCCGUCAACGCGCUAUUAAGUAUAUCAUCAGCAACGUGAUGGAGACCCUCGACUUUGAGGUGGAGUUCUCGAUCGUCAUGACGCGUCCCGAGGUCGAGCACUCGUUCAGCUCCUUGACUCUCACGAUCCAGGCCGAGGCCAACACCAACAUGGUGUACGGCGAGCUCUGGGGUGAGGACACCAUCUACAAGGGAAGCAAGUGGCUGUACGUCGUGGACCAUGUUCGCAGCUUCCUCAAGUACGAUGGCCUGGGCUUCGUCACGGUCGAGAUGCAGGAGCGCGGCCUGCGCCGCGAGCGCCUUGACCCCUUCGUCAUGCGUGACAUGUGCUUCGAUGCACCCUUCUGUGACACGUUCAACCACGGCAUCAGCCAGGUCUACGAGGACGUUCACAACAUCUGCACCGACGACCUGCGCGUCGGAAUUCAUCUGAAAGAUCUAAGCAUCCGCGACGUCCAGUGGGUCCAUCGUCUCCCAGCCCCUCCCUUCCAUGCCCUUGUCAUGGAGUUCGACUGCGGUCUCGACGAGGAGUUGUGGUGGCCCCUGGAGGAGAAGAUUCGUCAGCGCCUUGACAGCGACGAUAAGGAUGAUCUGACCAUUCUCCCUAUCAUAUUCGCUUGGAAGAUCCCCAUUGAGUAAAGC